GUUACCCCAGAUGAAUCACAGCGAGGAAGCCAUGCUCUGUGAUAUAUCAGUUUUCAACCUCGUGUUCUGUCUGGACUUCUGCCUGUCUGUCUGGAGGGAGUCCAUCCUUUGGAUCAGCUGUUACUGCUACCUUCAGUAGAAGCUGUGAAUGUUGUAGGGAUGGAUGGAUGGAUGGAUGCUUAAAGACAACAUGAUUGACUACGAGCGUCCCUCUCCAUUAGGCUUCGGGCCGGGUGGGAUGAGUGUGUUGGUUCCUAAGCUCCCGGUGCACACACAUACACACACACUGACAGCCAUGCCUCAGAGAUACUCCCACCAGAGGAGGAAAGCCAGCACAGCGGCUGCUAGGAGGAUGGAGAGGAGACACAGGGACCAGGAGAAAGGAAGCAACAACAACCCAACCAGCAGCCACAACCACCGCUCCAAGAAGCUCGCCAUGCUCUCCAGGUCACUGAUCCUGUGUCACUCUAAGACUAAUGAUGACUAUCCAGAAGAGAAGCAUGCCGGGGAAGUGUCAGACGGCUGCAGGACGUGGGGUCCGGGCUGGAAGACAGACGUGACAGCCGGGGAUCAAACGCGGUACCAAGACACAGAGAACAGACACUGGAGGACGACCCAGCAAUCUCUCCUGGAGAAAAGAGGAGGCACUGAGGCAGAUAACCAGUUGCACCAUGGCUCCACACUCAGGGAGAAUAAAAGGAGUAUAAGGAGGUCCUUCAGCAUCAAGGAGAGUAGUAUCUGGAGAAUGUGUGUAGCCACAGCGCCCGCUGAGGAGGUGUGUGGACCACAAAUGGCUGAUAACAGCGUCCAGACAGAGGACAAAGACACUAAUGUGGAGCCAGGAAGGAAUGGAGGGAACCUACACAGAGGCUGCAGCUUCCUGAGCCCAGACAGGCUGGCACCCUUUAACGGACACUUCCUAAACAGCAGCUCAUGGAUGGCGGGGGAGGGAACGAGGAGCGUUCACAUUAAAGUCUAUAAUGAGGACAUUUCCGCAUGUGAAGACAGUCUCCAUUCAAACAGUCUGACUACAAGCCCACAGCAUCCGGCUCUCAUCUCCCCAUCCGAUCCUCUGUUAUUGCCUGGAUACACGGAUGAAGAACUUAUGGCCAACAACAACCACCUCAAGUUACCUAUCCCAGAGGUAAACGAGGAGAGAUGCUGGGAAACAGAGAAGCCUGAGCAGAGCCCACCAGGACAGACGUCCAACAACAGGACACGCUCCAAUUCAACCAGUGUUCAUCCUUACUGGAUCGGGGAUCUGGACAGCAUCAUCAUGAAGACCCCGGAGCUGUACAGCAGUCAUCCUCAUGGGAACGGAGGUUUAUACGGAAACAGGAAGUCUCUGUCCCAGCAGCUGGAGUUUCCUCACACCACGACACAACCUGUUCACCGUCCCUCCCGCUCUGUCAGCUCUGCUCAGCUCGUACACUCCUGUAGCAACGUGCAAGCCUUCAUCAUCUGCAACAUUGUGCUGAUGAAGGGCCAUGGCAAGGGUCUGGGCUUCAGUAUAGUGGGAGGGAGGGACAGCAUGUAUGGACCAAUGGGGAUCUAUGUGAAGACCAUUUUCCCUGGAGGGGCAGCAGCUGCUGAUGGGAGGCUGCAGGAGGGUGACGAGAUCCUGGAGCUGAAUGGAGAAUCCCUACAUGGGCUGACUCAUGAUGAAGCGCUGCACAAGUUCAAACAAAUCAAAAAGGGCCUGCUGACUCUGGUGGUGAGGACCAGCCUGCGCGUCGGGGCUCUGUGUGGUCAGGCGCAGGUAGCUCAGCUCUGCAGGUCGCGCUCCCUCAGCUCCACCACAGGCAUGGCCCGGGUCAGUGCCGACAUGGGAGACUACAACUACCUGAACAACAACUGCAGUAACACGCUGAACAUGCCGGGUCAGCCGGCUAAACCCAGAGACCGCAUCAUGAUAGAGAUUAUCCUGCAGAAAGAGGCUGGUGUCGGUCUGGGUAUUGGACUGUGCUGUGUUCCAUCUGGUGACGGAUGCCCUGGAAUCUACAUUCACACCCUUUCUCCUGGAUCAGUAGCACACAUGGACGGUAGACUCCGGUGUGGGGAUGAGAUCAUGGAGAUCAACGAUACUGUGGUUUACAGCAUGGCACUGAAUGACGUCUACACAGUCCUGAGCCAGUGCGCACCAGGUCCAGUCCACAUCAUCAUCAGUCGACACCCCGACCCCAAAGUAUCAGAGCAGCAGCUGAAUGAUGCGAUCGCUCAGGCAGUGGAAAACAGCAAGCUGAGGAAGGAUAAGAGCCAGUGGAGUAUUGAUGGCCUCCGUAGGCUGGAGUCUUGCUCUCACAGCCGGCAGAGAUGUGAGCGUUGUCUGGAGAGGAGUCAGCUGACGGUUCGACAAGCACAGAAGACCAUGACCCGCUCCUGCAGCGACAACACCAACAACCACCACCACCACAGCCGCUACCUCGCCAUCCACAACCUCCACAACACACACCACAACCCCUCAGCCCGCGUCCACAGCCUAGACACAACCAAGUCCAUGACAGAGACAUGGUCUGACAACAGACUGUCAGUGCCCGUGUAUCCUGAUGAGGACUACAACAUCCCGUACAACUCUCCUGCUGCCAACCUGUCCAGUCAACAGUCUCUGGAUCUGGCCUUAAGGGCCAACAAGUCCAGCUGCAGGGUGCGAGCUGCUCAACGUCGGUACUGCUGGCCUCAGGAUGUGACCAGUGAGGAGGGUUAUAACGGAGACUCCAGCGGCUCCAGUAGAGGAUCUCCAGUUCGAGAUGAAGGACUGGAACCGGCAUCACACACCAGCUGCCAGCAGGAAGGAGAACGAAUAAGAGAACAGUCAGAGGAGGGCAAAGAAGAUUUCACUCAUCCAGACGCUGCAGCCUGCACCAACGACAGACUACAAACAGGUGAUCCAUCAGCUGCGCUCUGCUCACAACCAAAGCGAGGCGCUCUGAGGAGACAGGCCCGCAUUGACCAACAUACCCAAGAACACCUUCAGGAUCCAUGGGUUCGCCUGUCAGACAGCUCCCCUGAAGAGCUGCCCAUGAUCCACUGCCGUCACCUCCACCACACCGCAGACAGAACCCAGCCCGUCCACGACAAAGCUGCCGCCAUGAGUGAUGAAGAGAACCCCCCCGAGCUCAACGGCACAGCCGCAGACGCGACUGCAGAUCCUCCGUCCGACGUGACUCCUGAAGACACUUCUGAAACUCCUCCGGAGGUAAAGAAGGGGCCCCCGGUGGCGCCCAAACCUGCCUGGUUUCGACAGAGUCUUAAGAAAAUUCAGAAUGAGCAGGACCACAAGAAGCAAGAUAAACCAGCAGAGCGGAGGCCUAAUGUGGGCUUUACUAGAAGCUUCGGAGGCAGAGCUUCAUCAUCUGCAGCCAACCUGUCAAUCAAACAAAAGAUCCACUCGUUUGAGACUUUUUCCAGUCCAGAGGGUCCAGAGAGGGGCAGCACCAGGAGGCCUGCAGCCCCUUCCACCUCCCUUCCUCUGAUGGAGAAAGAGUCCAGGAGUCACACUGCCUCACAUGAAGAUUAUGGUAAGGGAAAAGAUGAAAUCCCUAAAGAGAGCCAGGCAAGCCAGUCUACAUCUGUUAGGGGGACGGACAACACAACCAUCUCUGCUCCACCCUCUGACACCACCUCUUCAGCUUCUGAAGCCUGUAUCCAAACAGCAGCCAAGCCCUCUGAAGAUGAACCCGCACCCAUCCAGUCCCCCACUGAUCUCCCACUUUCUGACACCAUCAACAGCGACCUGGACUCAGCCAGUGAUGAAAAGAACGCCGUAAAACAGGAGUCUGAGCUUGAGGUCGAAGGAGAGGAUCUCAGCGGGUCCACAGAGUCCAAGGUCCUCCCUGUGGCCACAUCUGUGACAUGCAGUGAAGCUGAAGAGGAAAGUCCUGCAGCGGUGAUGAAGGGGGACGAAGCACAGAGCCAAGGAAAGCUGGUGAGCACGACUCUGAGUGCUCCACCCACAGAUUCUGGGAGAGGCCUGGAGGAAGAGAGCUUAGGGAAAAUCCUCGCCUUCAGCAAUCAGGUUUCACAAGUGUUGAUGCGUUCUCUACCCACGUGCCAUGGUAAUCCUCGCUCCCCAAACCUGCAGGACCCCUCUGCAGUGGAUUUUACAAACUCCGAGUCCGAGCCGUCCCUGGAUAGUACCGACAGGGGAUUCUCAGUGAGCUUGGCCACACUGAGGGAGUGUACCAUUCAGCGAGAGAAAGGGGGAUCUGAUGACGAGGCAGUAGUCACUUCCGCCUGUGUUCAGUCUGUCAUCUCAGCCAUCCCUUCACAGGAAAUACAGAGGAUGAUCCAGGAGGUCAAAGCUCUGGAUGAAGAGACGCUGAAGCAACUGGUCGACAUCCAUGUUGUGAUUCUGCACAAAGAGGAGGGAGCCGGGCUCGGCUUCAGCAUCGCUGGAGGGUCCGACCUGGAGAGCAAAGCUCUUACAGUCCACAAAGUGUUUCCCAGCGGCCUGGCGGCUCAGGAAGGCACCAUUCAGAAGGGAGAUGAGCUGCUGUCCAUAAACGGACAAACACUGCGCGGCGUCACGCACGCCGACGCCACCGCCGCUCUGCGUCAGACCCGCAGCCUGAAGCUGGCUGUGGUGGUCAUCACCAAGAGAGCAGAAGAGGGAGGAGGAGAGGGUGGAGGAGGAGGGUGCAAGAGCGAAGAGCAUAACCCUGCAGUGGAGGAGCAGGGAGCAGCGAUGAGCAUUCAGCUGGAGAAAGGAGCUGGAGGAGUCGGGUUCACUCUAGAUGGAGGAAAAGGCUCAAUCCACGGAGACAAACCUUUAGUCAUCAACAGGAUCUUUGCAGGUGGAGCUGCAGAGCAGUGCGGGCUGCAGCACGGUGAUGUACUGCUGCAGAUCCAGGGAGUCAGUCUGCAGGACAUGACCCGCUUCGAGGCCUGGAACAUGAUCAAGGCCUUACCUGAAGGACCCAUCACAGCAGUCAUCAGGAGGCAGGGGGCGCCAGAAUGACGCACAGGAGCUGCUUUUACAGACGAGGAGGCCAAGGCAAAGAAACAGAUAGCACCUCUGGUGUCAGCGUUUUAUUAAUAAAUCUGUCUAGAAAUCAGGUGUCAGCCUGGGCCAUCUUAGACACUUAAAGAAGUUUCUACUAUUUUUAUAUCACAUUUCUGACCAUAUACAAAAGUUUAAAGGGAUUACUUCACCCAAAUCCUCCCCCACAAAAUCAAGUUGCUCACAUAACCACACUGGUAACCCAAUGUAAGUUUCAGAGAAGUCUGUGGGUUGUCAUACUACUGCAUUGUUUACAGUGAAAUGGCAUCUGUGUGUCAUUGGGAGAAAAAAAGAAAAAUCUGUGUGUAGCGUGUUUUCAAAUGAAUAAAUUGUGCACACACGUGACUAAUUGUCCUCCAA